AUGAUAUUGAAUCUUGCAAUCAUACUUUCAGUAUUUUUUAUCCUUUUUAUUACUCUAGUUUGUUUGGCAGCUUCUGAUGAUUCAACCCUGGAAAGCUUUCUCCACUGUCUUCCUUCUCAUGUUAACUCCUCUAACCCAAUAUCUAAAGCCAUCAUUAAGCCUUCUGAUCCUUCUUUUCAAUCUGCCUUAGAAGCCCGUGUGAAAAAUUUGAGAUUUUUGACCCCUGCAACCCCAAAGCCUCUUGCUAUUAUAGCAGCCACAGAUGAAUCCCAUGUCCAAGCAACUGUUGUUUGUGCCAAGUCCAGUGGCCUGCAGAUUAGGGUUCGAAGUGGUGGCCAUGAUUACGAGGGUCUUUCGUAUCGUUCUGAAGUGCCAUUUAUCAUCCUUGACAUGUUCAAUUUUAACAAAAUUCUGAUUCAGCUUAGCAAUGAAACUGCAUGGGUUGAAGCAGGAGCAACUCUUGGUGAACUUUACUAUCAGAUUGCCAAUCAAAGUAGGAUCCAUGCUUUUCCUGGUGGUGUCUGCCCUACUGUAGCCACUGGAGGUCAUUUUUCUGGAGGAGGAUACGGAAACUUGAUGAGAAAAUUCGGCCUCUCUGUGGACAACAUCAUUGAUGCACGAAUAGUUGAUGCCAAUGGUACAAUUCUCGACAGACAAAGCAUGGGAGAAGAUCUGUUUUGGGCAAUCAGAGGUGGAGGUGGAGCAAGCUUCGGUGUCAUUCUUUCAUGGAGAAUCAAUUUGGUUAGAGUUCCUGAAAUAGUCACAAUAUUCCAGAUAGGCAGGACAAUUGAGCAAGGUGCAGCUGAUAUCCUUCAUCGGUGGCAAGAAGUUGCUCCAUAUCUAGAUAAAGAUCUUUUCAUAAGAGCGACGUCGACGAUUGUGAACAGUACAAUAAAGGGUGAGAAGAUGAUUGAAGUAUCAUUUAUUGGCUUGUUUCUUGGACAAAUUGACAGACUUCUUCCAUUGAUAAAUGAAAGCUUUCCUGAAUUGGGUUUGCAGAAAAUUGAUUGUGAAGAGUUAAGCUGGAUAGAAUCAACACUUUUCUUUGCAGAUUUUCCCAAAGGAACACCCAUUGAUGUUUUGCUCCAGAAACCUUCAAAACCAGAAUUCUAUUCCAAAGGUAAGUCAGAUUAUGUGAAAGUCGUGAUUCCAAAAUCUGGCCUGGAGACUUUGUGGAAGAUGAUGCUAGAAGUGGGCUUAAUGUUUGCGCAAUUUAACCCUUAUGGAGGAAGAAUGGGUGAGGUCUCAGAAACAAGCACUCCAUUUCCUCAUAGAGCUGGAUACAGAUUCUUGAUUCAAUAUUCUACGAAUUGGCAAGAAAAUGAUGGGAUUGAUACAGAGAAGCAGAUAAACCUGUUAAGAGAAUUAUAUGAUGCAAUGGCUCCAUAUGUGUCCAAGAAACCAAGGGAGGCUUUUCUCAACUAUAGAGAUGACGAUAUUGGCAGCAAUCCAAGCAACUUUACAAACUUUAAUGAAUCUAAAGUUUAUGGGCACAAGUAUUUCAAGAACAACUUCAUCAAGUUGACAAAGGUGAAAGCCAGAGUUGAUCCUGACAAUUUCUUCAAGCAUCAACAAAGUAUUCCACCGGGUUUUGUUUGA